AUUUGCAUCUUUAAUGAGGCCAACAUUAGGCUAUUUUUAUUUGAACGCCACUUCCAGCAAAGAACGACCCAGACAGGCUGGGGGUCAUGAGGGCUGAUCUGGGGUGAGACAGUAACUUUUUUUUUUUCUUUUCUUUAUUUUUCUUUUUGUUUGAUUGGUUGUUUUAAGUCCAGACUAUUUCUUCAGUUGCAUGUAUCAUUUGCCCCAAUCGCCUGUCUGCUAACUGUACCUACGCGCCUCCGCUGCGCCUGCAAAAAAAUAUCGGAGCGCAAAAGAGCAGAACGCGCGCGUGAGCAGCCGCCUCUGAAGCGCAGUGAUCUCGCUGGAGACGAAGUAACCAGCUUGGCUUGUCACAGAGCUCCUUGCCUUCCAUUUACAUCACCCACCCUGCGCGCAAUAUGGCACGGAGCGCUCCUCCCGCUGGAGCUGGACGCGGUGACCGGACAAGUUUUCUGUCGGCGCGGAUAAAGCGGCUCCACGAUGGCAUCUGGUGAAUCCUCCGCUGGGAAACGGUAACAGGUUUGCCAAAUAUCUCACCUCCCAUGUCACCGGGGAAAACCCAUGGAGAUGCUUAGCAGCGCAGAGCGGCUUUGGAACGAGUCUGACCGUGCCGGGUGGGAGGAGAGGAAUGAGAGCUCGGGCACGUCGGGGAGGGAUGAGGGGGAACGCAACUACUACGCCAUGCUGUACUCCCUGCUCAUCGUGGCCAUUGUGUUUGGGAACGUGCUGGUGUGCCUGGCCGUGCUGAGGGAGCGCUCGCUCCAGACGACCACAAACUACCUGGUGGUCAGCCUGGCUGUGGCUGACCUGCUGGUGGCCUCGCUGGUCAUGCCCUGGGCUGUAUACCUGGAGGUGGUCGGCGGCGCCUGGCUAUUCAGCAGGCUCUACUGUAACAUCUUCGUCACGCUGGAUGUCAUGAUGUGCACUGCCAGUAUUCUCAACCUGUGCGCUAUCAGCAUUGACAGGUACACAGCAGUGGUGAUGCCCGUCUUGUACAACACAACCCAUCGCUCAAGGAAGAGAGUCUUUGCCAUGAUUGCCACGGUGUGGGUCCUGGCCUUCGCAGUCUCCUGUCCCCUGCUGUUUGGCUUCAACACCACAGAUGAUCCUUUGGUGUGCUCCAUUUCUAAUCCCGAUUUUGUGAUUUACUCAUCCGUGGUGUCCUUCUACCUGCCAUUCAUCGUCACUCUGCUGGUCUACAUCCGCAUCUACGUCUUUCUCAGGAUGAGGCGGAAAAGGAUUGCCUUUGGACAGGCCAGCGGAAAAGUGCUGCCUGGCUCCACUCAGCCUUCAAUGGAGACGUGUCUGCAGGAAGACACUCCCAAGGCAAAACAGGAUUUAUCUCCUAUAAGGAUUAAAGUGAGUGUGGAACCGUUGGGUCCAUCCAAGCCAAAUCUGCUCUCAGGCUGCCUGUGGCGCAAACGCCCGAAGACUGGACCAGUGGAGAACUCGGGGCUGCCCCCAGUGGACACGCAGAACUACUGCAGCAUCAGCCACGCCUCCUGUGGGCGCACCGAGUUGGAUCUGGAGCAUGACCAAGGGGGGCAGGGUGCCGAGGACAAUCACCAGAUGGAGCAUCCUCCUGUCAGGAUGGGGUGCGAGGUGAAGGACCUGUCGAACGGACGGACGCACACGUCACUGCGGCCGAUGUCUCAUUCGCAAACCAGCCAACGCUUCAGGAGCAUGCACGCGCGGGAGAAAAAGGCAACUCAGAUGUUGGCCAUUGUGCUUGGGGUGUUCCUCAUCUGCUGGCUGCCCUUUUUUGUGACUCACAUUCUGAACACUCACUGCAGGACGUGCUACGUGCCUCCUGAACUUUACAGCGCUUUCACCUGGCUGGGAUACGUCAACAGCGCCCUCAACCCGGUCAUCUACACCACCUUCAACAUCGAGUUCAGACGGGCCUUCAUCAAAAUCCUCAGCUGCUGAGGGCAACAAAAAAAACAUGACGGGAGAUUAAAACGGAAGUCCAGCUGCAGCUAAGGCAUUGCACAUUUGGUGAGCUGUGACUCCAAGAAAAACAUCGGUGGAGGAAAGCCAGCAGCAAGUGAAGGAUGCAGGGAGCAAUAAAUGCAUAUAGUAAAAAAAAUAUUGAUUUUAACAGUAUUAUUCCUCUUACAGUACUUUUCUGUUUAUAUGGCUACUAUCUUGAGAACAGCACAAGGUGUUCGUUUUAUUUUUGGAGGGGAUUUGUAUCGUACAGUAUAAGUACUUUUCAUUGCCACAGCUCCCCACUUCAUGACUUUUGGGUCGAUAUAAAUCUAAAAGCUCUUAGGAGCCCAAAUGGAGCUUUAAGGCUGAUAAAUGGAUGUGUGGGCCUCUUCAUCUGAAGGCCCUCUGCCUCCGCAUCGUGCGGAUUAACUGAUGCUGCUCACCUCUCCCGCUCGGCCCCUCCUUCAUCUCCAUGACCUUCAGGUACUCAGCGGCGCAUGCACAAAUCAGAAUUCACAACUACUGUAUGCAUUAGGAGUGUUCCAGAGGGACCGCGGUGGGCCCUGCCAUGACCGAAAGUCAUUCUGGAGAUUUUCACAUGUAUUGACGUGCAGCCAUUGUGAUCUGUGUGGAUUCAUGAAAAAAAAAAAAAUUAAAAAAAGCUACAUUUUGGUGUAAAAACCUUUUUAUUUAAUUUUUUUCAAGAGGAUUGUAUUCAUUAGAAAUCCCUACAGAAGUUUAGAGCGGCCUGCCGGCUGCUUAGGCAGGACUGCUUGCCAUUGAGAAAAUAAGCAAGGCAAUGCACUGUAAAUAAAAAUAAAUAAAUAAAAUGAAAUCAAUAAAAUA